AUGUCCGUGCAAUGGGCAGCACCGUCGCUUUCUGCACCUGCCUCGUCAUCCCGAGUUGGCCGUUUGCAGACUCGGCUUCUGGAUCUGAAGACACAGCAGGCCCAUAAUAUGCCACCCAUUGCCUCUUCCCAGAAAGCAGCGUUUCGAAUACGAGGAGGCAUAUCCGUAGCCGGCAUGCUCGCUGCUGCAAAGAUGCACAGCAGAGAGGCAGCCCGGUGCAUUUCUGGAAGAGCAGGGAGCCAGCCACCGAAGUCGCCGCAAAGCCGGCGACGAUGGGCUGGAGCAGCACCGGUUCCAACAGCCAUCUCGGUGGGCAUUGGACUGAUCAUUCGCUUCGUUUGCCCGGUUCCGGAAGGAGUCUCCGCACAGGGCUGGUCCAUCCUUGCCCUGUUCGUGGCAACGGUCACCGGCAUCGUUACCCAACCUCUACCGUCUCCAGGCAGCAUCGUGGGCAGUUUGGUGUUGCUUUUUGUGCCCUGGCUGUUGGCCUACUGUCGAGAGCUCAGCACCAGCACAUGGAUGCAGCCAAGACUAAGUAAAGAGAACUGGACGAAAACGCGAAAGCCUCAGAGCAUUCUCUUACUGCCUUUUGGGCGGCUGACUUUUGCCGAGGGCGUUGCUGCAUUCACUGAUGAGGUGUUGUGGCUGGUCCUACUCGCAUUCUUCUUCACCAAGGGCUUCGCAAAGACCGGCCUUGGUGAUCGCAUUGCUUUAAGUAUUGUCCGCUUGGUCGGGGGCACAACCUUGGGACUGGCCUAUGGCCUGAAUGCAGCGGAGGGAGUACUGGCUGCUGGUAUGCCUUCUUCGGCCGCGCGAGCUGCCGGGGUGUUUUAUCCGCUGGCGGACUCAGUUGCAAAGGCGUGCGGCUCCGACCCAACAAAGAACAAGGCCCAUCCCUCAGACUUGUCAGAAUUGUCAUUCAGUUCGGAUGUGUGGGUGCAGAAGCCUUGGCUCAAAGUUCUCAUGAAGAAAGUCGACAUGCGAGGCUGCAAGAUGCUCUUUCAAGACAGGGCUGCGCCAGAGAUGGGCAGCACAGGAUCAGCUGGCAAUAUGUCCCACGAGCUCUUGGCUGGGAAUGGCGCUGCUGCCGCACAGCGAAUUGCCCGAUUGGAUGCUCGCCAGCGGGAGGAUGCGGAGCGCGUCAUGCUGCUAAAGGCGGUCAAUGUAGUCAACGAAAAGCGUGUCCUCGUCACUGCUCCUCGACUUAGACUGCCACUGCCACCGCAGGAAGCUGCAGUGUGCCCGGAAACCAUCCAGCAACAGGCCCAGGUUGACUGGGAAGCAGGCUCGAGAUGUCGUUUGAGACUUCCGGAUGCCGUGCUGGGACGAGUGGCAUUUUCCGUCCCGUGGGCCUGUGCAGCCCAGGCGGGCGCCUGGUGUCGCAGCGCUCAUACAGCGCUGUCUCCCCGUAUGGCACGGGCGCGCCAGCAGGUUCGAGAGCUUUGGGCAGCGUGGCGUCCUGACAUUUCUUUGGAUCUCGAAUCGGGCAUCAUACCUGCCUGUGCACGAGCACCGUCGGGUACUUUCGCUGGAAGGCCGCUGCUUCAUGCCGCUGCUGGUGCAAAUGAUGUGAUGGCUCUCAAAGUGCUGCUGAAGCACAGGGCCAAUCUGAAUGCUCUGGAUGCCGACGGCUCUUGCGUUCUCGCAGCCGCAGCUCGGCAGGGCUGUUCGGAGGCUGUGGACUUCCUGCUCAGUCGAAGCGGCAUCCUUGGGGCGCCGCGCACGGAUGUCUGGAACGCCCAUGGAGAGAACGUGAUCCAUGCCGCAGCCGGCGGUGGCUCGGCCGAGGUGCUCGAAGCUCUGGCGCAAACAGUGCCACGAGAUUACCUCAACUCUCCGAAUCACAGGGGGGACACGCCCCUGAUGCGUGCGGCGGUUCUGGGCCGUUCUCCACGGUGUGUGGAGCUGCUCCUGUUCCUGGAUGCCGAUCCAUGGUGCCAGAACAGAUUUGGAUCCACUGCCCUCGACAAAGUGCGAAUCCGGCAGCGCUGCGACAAUGAAAUCACUGUACUUCUCGAGUCCGCCAUGGCGAUGGCUUCAGACCAUGCCAAAAACACGGGUGGCUUCCUGGUCCAGUGUGCUUUUCAGGCCACUGGGAAUUCGUCUUCCCUCUGGCUGUAUGGAGCAGCGCAGAAUCUGCUGGCCUUGAGGCUUGCUGGUCAGCUGGGAUACGUGGUCGAGUCUCCUUUCACAACCUGGCUGAAGGCAAGCUGCGUGCCAGCCUUGACAGCCAUGGCGCUGACACCGCUCGUUGCAUUCUGGGCCUUGCCACCCGAAGUCCAGCGAACUCCGGACGCGCCCAAGGAGGCCGAGAGGAAACUGCAGCAGAUGGGGCCAUUGAAGUUGGAAGAGGCACUUCUGGCGGGCGUCAUCAUUGGCAUGCUCGUGUUGUGGGCCGGCUCGUCUGCCUUUAGGAUUCCACCUGUGCACACUGCAGUGCUGGGGCUUGCAGUGCUGCUGUGUUCUGGUGUGUUGACCUGGUCUGAUUGUGCUGGGGAGAAG